AUGAAGAUUGCCGCUCUUUUCUCUCUCUUUGCCCUCGCCACUGCCUUGCCUGUGGCUAUCCAGCAGCGCGGAAUUAUGCGCGCCGCCGUCGAGUUGAUCGGCCAUCUGGAGGGCUUUCGCGGCAACUUUUACUGGAUCCAGGGCCACAAAACAGUCGGAUACGGCCACGACUGCGUCGCCAAAAAGGACUGCCACACGAUCAACGUUCCUCUCAGCGAGCCCCAGGCUGCCGACCUCCUAAGCAAGGAUCUCUCCGAGUUCGAAAGCUGCGUGUGUGCUAUGGAGAACGCCAAGGAGCUGAAUGCGAACCAGUACGGCGCCCUGGUGAGCUUCGCCUACAACACGGGCUGCGCCGGCUUUCAGUCUGCGUGGCAAGGGGCCAUGUCGCAGAAGGAUUUCAACGGAAUCUGCCACAGCUUGCCAACUACCAACACUCUGGGCGGGCUGCUGAACACCCGUCGUCAGAAAGAGGGCCAUUUUUGCAUGCAGCCGACUGAGAAACCAUCUGGCUGUUGA